CAAAAGUCAGCAUUGGCCAGUAUGAGCCUAUCAUGACAAGCAGUAUUCCAAAUUCGUUGCUUUGUCACCUCAAGAUAAACGGUGUAUCAAGCACACCGUGCCGGCACACGUCUUAGUGAUAUUUCAUUUAUCCACCUCCACCUCCACCUCCCGUCGUCGCCGGCUCCGGGAAACUGGCAUGUACAUGGGCGCAAUGCACAUGCCAAUAAUCAAAUACGUCUGGCUAUCAGUUAGCCCUACUUGCGUUUACAGCGUCAACUUGGUGAGUUAUGCGUGUUGCGCAGAUAUAAAGGAAGACAGCAUGUAUCAUACUCCUCACAAUUCCUACUGAUAUUCUCUCAUAUAAACACUCGUACCCUAAUCCUCAAUGCCUGUUCUUGACCAACCUCGCACCGACUUGAACAAUAUCUUGCAGGCCAUUUACGGUCCUGCGGCCUCUGACCAUGUCCGAUGGGAGGUCUCUUCGAAAGGCCCUCACAACAGUCCAACAUGGUCUGCAACCGUCUAUAUCGACGAUAUGGAACACGGCCACGCACAAGCGGGCACCAUAGAUGCAGCUAAGGACUCGGCUGCGCGUCAGGCUUGUAAUCACUUGAAACGUGAAAGGAGUCAAUGAGUCACGACGCCUUGGCCCUCUACACUGAUAGUAUAUAUGACAGGCCUCCAUUUUUAUCAUGAAGGUCUACAUAGUUCAAUAGCCAUACCUUUACAACCAUCAUACAGUCGGAAUAGCUACAAGAUGUUAGGGCCUGGAGUCAGCUUGGGAUUCUCGUCUCUGCAGCUUUGUUCAUCGUAACGUUCCGUGUAUUUCGUCCAGUGUGUCAAUAUCACGAGGCCAGGUUGAAUUCCCAAGCGCUCUGC